CUGCAGCCCUGCCAGCCCAGCCCCAGCUCUCCGGGUUCAUGGCAGGUCUUGAUGCCGGUUUCCCAGAACAAGGUUUAUUCUUAGCUCCCAGCGAGAUAAACAAUUCGGGGCGACCUGCUCCCGGGGCUGCCCCCUCCCCUUCCCAUAAUCCCCCCCCCAAGACAUCAGCAGUGACCUCACAAGGGCUCUGCCCUGGCACUGCUGCCCUCCCCCACUAGUGAGCCACUCUCUGCCCCCAGCACUGCCCCGAAUGCUACUUUCCUGCUCCCCCUAGCCCCAGGGACCCCCCUUCCACCCUCUGGACUGGCAGCCCCCCCAAGGGCAUGUCUGCGGCGAGGCUGCCCCUCGCCACUCUCCUCCUGGUGGCCCUGAAUGUGGGUCUCUACCUUCACCCCCUGGGGUCCCCCGAAAACACCUGCCUCAGUGUGCAGGGGGUCUGGGCUCUGGGCGAGUGGCAGCGCCUCCUGCUGGCCCCCUUCCACCACCUGGGAUGGGGUCACCUGGGGCUGAACAUGGGGGCGCUGCUGUGGCUGGGGGCAGGGCUGGAGGGGAGGGUGGGCAGUGCCCGGGCGGGCUGGCUCCUGGGAGGCAUGACGCUGCUGGGGGGGCUGGUCCAUCUAGGGCUGAAUGCGGGGCUGGCGGCCAUCCUGCGAGACCCCUGGCGCCGGGAACACUGUGCUGUGGGCUUCUCAGGGGUCAUCUUCUCUCUGGAAGCCAUGGAGGGUCUCCUAGCGCCUGUCACCAUAGUAACCCUGGGCAGCGUCACCAUAACGACCAAAUGGCUCUGCCUGGCUGAGUGCUGCACCGUGACCCUCCUGUACCCCAGCUCCUUGACAGGCCACCUGUCGGGAAUGCUGGUGGGCGUGGCUCUCGCGGCCACGCCCCUCGGCUUGGCCACGCCCCUGUUCACCUGCGUAUGAUGGGACCACAGCUUCGAUAGCAGAACCGUCCCCACCCCACCGCCAGGGGGCGCCCUGCAUCCAAACCCACCGUGACCGCUGGAGCCGCCAGCCCUACUGCUCCCUGGCCCAGCCCCAUGGCACCAGUUUGGCUCCAGGCCUGUUUUGUCAACCUGGCUCUGGUGCUGUUUGUAGGUAAACACGCCUGGCCCG